GUUAAAGCUUUGUAUAUAUUGAUGAAACCCAAUUGUGUUCUCUUCAAAUUUGUCUAAUCUACCAAAAACAAAAGCAAAAGCAAAAGCAAGACAUUCUGUGCCACAAUCUACAAUUUUUGGGAACAGCUGAGAAGAAUGGAAAACGAAGAACAAUUGACGAAAAUGGAACUUCAUUUAGAAUCUCAAAUACGGAUUGAAAGGACAGUGAAAGAAAAAGUUGACAUGAAGAAAACAAUUGAAAAGAAGUUGCGAGAGAAUUGCUCAUGUUCAUCGGAUAAGCUUAAAAACCUAAUAACUGGUUUCUUCCCAGUCCUCCAUUGGCUCCCAAGGUACAAGCUAAAAAAAUGGAUUUUAGGUGAUACCAUUUCGGGUGUGCUUGUCGCUGUUGUCAUAGUUCCUCAAGCAAUAGCAUAUGCACUGCUUGCUGGUUUAGAAACCAGCGCCAGUUUGUAUACAUCCUUUUUCUCCUGCAUUAUUUAUUUCUUGAUGGGUACUUCACGCCAUAUUUCAGUGGGCAUUUUCAGCUUAAUAUGCCUCUUGGUGGGGCAGGUGGUCGAUCGGGAACUUCUUCUGGCUGGAUUCGAAGUUGAUGAGGAUAUCAAUGUGAUGCCAUCAGCAAUGAGCAAUGCAAAUAACUGGAACAUCACUAACGCCAAUACAUCCAUGAUAAAGAAUGUCACCCUUUCUGGAUUGCUGGGUUUUGAAUGUGAUAGAAAAUGUUAUGCUGUCAGUGUUUCAGCUGCGCUAACAUUUAUGUGUGGCAUUUAUCAGUUACUGAUGGCAGUUUUCCACCUUGGAUUUGUAUCCAAGUAUCUAUCUGAGCCCUUGCUGGAUGGAUUUGCAACAGGUGCCUCAAUUACCAUCGUAACAAUGCAAGUCAAGUAUCUCAUUGGAGUAAAACUGCCACGUAGCCAUGGACCGGGUAGUGUUGUUGUAACUUGGAUAAACAUUUUUAAGAACAUUCACAAAACCAAUUUCUGUGAUCUGAUAACAACUGCCAUUUGCAUGCCUUUGCUAAUUGCUUCCAAAGAAUUAGGAGAAAGAUACAAGGACAAGCUUAAGUUUCCCUUCCCAAUGGAACUGACUAUCGUAGUUAUAGCUACAAUAAUAUCUCAUUUUGUAAAUCUAAAUGAAAUGUAUGGCUCAAGCAUUACUGGUCCAAUCCCCACUGGUUUCUUACCUCCCACGGCUCCAAGUUUAUAUCUUUUACCAAGAGUUGCUAUUGAUGCUAUAACACUUGCAAUUAUCAGCUUUGCCUUCACAAUCUCACUGUCUGAGUUGUUUGCAAAGAAGCAUGGAUACACAAUUCAUGCCAAUCAAGAGACUUACGCUCUUGGAUUCUGUAAUGUAAUACAAUCAUUUUUUCAUUCAUAUGCUUCCAGCGCAACUCUGGUUAAAACACUUGUUAAAGAUUCCAGUGGUUGUCAGACUCAGCUCUCUAGUCUUGUCAGUGCUGUGCUGGUAUUAAUGCUGCUUCUUUUCUUAGCUCCUGUAUUCUAUUCUUUGCAGAAGUGUGUUCUAGCAAGCAUCAUUAUAGUCAGUCUUAGGGGAGCUCUCAUGAAAUUUCGUGACCUGCCAAAGUUAUGGAAAAUGAGCAAAAUUGACACUAUGGUUUGGUGGGUCACAAUGCUGUCUGUAACUUUAAUAAGCACUGAACUAGGCCUUUUCACAGGGGUAACAUUUUCAAUUCUGUGCGUCAUAAUUCGCACCCAAGUACCCAGGACAGCUUUGUUAGGUCGAAUGCAGGAUUCAACUCUGUAUGAAGAUCAAGCAGAGUAUAAUAAUCUUUCAUCUGUUCCCCAAAUUAAAAUCUUUCGUUUUGAAGCUGCCCUGUACUAUGCCAAUAAAGAUUACUUCCUGGAAAGCCUAAUGAGGAAGGUUGGUCUGAAUCCUGCUUUGGAAAUUGCAAAGCAGAAAAAGGCAGAAAGCAAACAAAUUGAAAAAAAGAAAGCAGGGAAAACAUUCAAUGGUAACAUCAAUCAAGAACAGCCUGUUGUCAUCAAAGAAUUGAUUCCUAAAAUCUACAAUUUUCACACAAUUAUUCUCGAUUGUUCCACCAUACAAUUCUUGGAUACUGUUGGUAUUAAUACAAUGAAGAUGGUCCAGAAGGAUUAUAAUGAUGUUGGUAUCAGAGUCCUCCUGGCCAAAUGCAAUCCUUCAGUGAUUGAUUCAUUGAGUAGGGGAGAGUACUUUGGAGAAAACAGUAAGGAGAUGGACACUAUGCUUUUCUAUAGUGUGCAUGCAGCUGUUCAGUAUGCUGAAGCCAAGUGGUCAGAGUCAGGUAAUUCCUCUCUCUAAGUACUUCUGUAUUUGUUGCCAAAUAUUGACCAUUCACCAUGGAAAUAGCAAUAUGUGUUAAUUUUAAAAGAUUUGUUAUCCAGGCUAUGGAUCACUAGAAAUUUUAAUCAAUUCUGAUGUUAUAUGCCAUUGGUUGUGGCACAGAAAGUUAAUCUACUACACAUGGUGAUCAAGCAGAUUGCAAAGAUUCUUAUUUUGAUUUGACUCUGAUUUAACGGGUAAGUGAGGAAUUUUUACAACACAUUUAAUGUUCCUUGGUGAAGAAGGAAGGGAAUAAAGAUCAGGCUUGUGCACUUGGUUGCUGGCCAGUGAUCCUUGACAGAAUUAUUCUUCUACAUAAAGAGGACAGUAAUUGCAUAAAGAAUAGGUAUGAGUAAAUACAUUCAGAGUAGAAGGAUGAAAGGCUACUUUUUAAAGAUACUUUAAAAUGAGUUGUCAGUAGUGAUAACAUGAAUAAAGACUAUUGUUUGUCACAUGCUAAAAAAAACAACAGUAUCUGAGAUUUAAUGAACAUUUUUCUAAAAGAUAUAAUUUAGGACAUGUCCCUCUAAUGACAUAAUUCUGAGCAUGCAAAAUUUAGAUACUUAAAAUAAUUGCUGGCACAGAGACUGCAAUCAACUUGAAAUAUAAAUAAAUUAAGAUUCAUUAUUUAUAAUUCUGGUGUUUUAUUUGUUUUUAUUCUAUUCUAGCAUUGCUUUGUUGCUAUAUAAUGGACCGGUAAUUUUGGAAACAAUCUGUACUUUUCUGGUCAGCAGUUGUGGAUUUCAAGCUGAAUUGUGUCCAUAAGCAAGGCUAAUUAGUUGUCUCUAAAUGAAUAAUAGUACAACAAACUACAAAACAGAAUAAUUUGAAUUAAAACUCAAAUUGUUGCUUAUUUACAGUCCAGCUGUUGCACGAAAGUGGUCUUUGCUUAAGGGUGUCUUUUGGGGAAAUUGGGUUAAUGUAUAAAAUAUGAUCUGAAAUAAUUAUUGUUACAGCACUGUGAUGGGUUCCAAUGUGUAUAACAAUUAAAACAGCACUUAUCUAUAAUACUAUGAGAUUAUGAAAAAGUCAGCAAAAUAUUAAUAUUUUUAAACUGCAUUUGUCAUAUCAUUUGUUGCAUUUAUUAAUUCUGUAUACAUUGAAAAAAUGAUUUCACGUCUGUAUUUGA